UAAAAAAAAAGACGAAACUUGUUAUUCAGCAAAAAUCUAAUUUUGUUCUUUAUUAUAAAGUUGCAAAAAACCAAUGGGGGUGACAAAGGAAGAAGUGGAGUCUUCUCUCACGUCUAAGCUCAACCCUAUUCAUCUAGAAGUAAUUGAUACCUCUGGAGGGUGUGGUGCAAGUUUUGAAAUCAAGAUAGUUUCCGGACAGUUUGAGGGCAAGAGAUUACUGGAAAGGCACCGGAUAGUUAAUGCUGCUCUCGAGAAAGAGAUGCAAGAGAUCCAUGCUUUGUCAAUAAAGAAAGCCUUGACACCAGAGCAAUGGAAACAACAGCAAGAUUCUGAGAAUUCGCAAGCAACUGUCUAAGUAUGCUACUCCAAGAUGUUUGAUGCAGCUGAUGAAGUAGGGCCUGAGUGUUCUUCACAAUUUGUAUACCAAAUCAUGAGAGUAUGUGUUUGUGUUGCUUAUGUUAAUACAUCCGACAUUCCUGUUAAAACCUCGAGGUUUUGCUGAACAAUGUAAUAAAAGUACAUUAUUAACUAGCUUGUUCUACUGUGAAACUAUAUCUAAUCAUACUCUAAUAUAGUUCAUUUACUUAA